AUGUCUGUGACAGUCCGAGGUUCCAUUGAUGGCGGCCUAGCCGAUUAUAAAUCAAUGGCCCAGCGGACGUAUGAGCGGGACGGAGGAAGCAUAAUUGGCCCUCGCGCAAACAGGAUAUCGGACAGGUCCGGCGAUGCCAACUCUUCGUUAAUGAAGGGCAUCUCGGAUGGCCCAGCUAAUGUUAAUGGCUCAUCAAAUGGCGUCAGCCCCGCGGACGAUAUGCCAUAUUCUGCCAAGGCGCAAAUAGGAUAUCGGAAGUGCCUGGCGGACCCAUCAUUGGGACGUCGUCAGAACCCUGGGUCGGUAAGGGUCUUUGCCUAUCUGCCGCUCUGGUCGAGCACAAACUACAUGAAGGUUCUGUCUGCCACCCGACCAAUUUGUUAUCUUUGCCCGAUGGGCCCGGAAAUCAUCGCCAUCGCAAGGGAUGACGGAUGGUCCAUCCGUAGCCCCUUCCAUCAUGCAACAUACAUGCUGCACACAUCCGUCACCAUUCUCGGGAAUACACACACGUUGAGUCCACCCGUCGCCUUCGCCGAGACCAAAUCUACGGGCUCCACCAUUCUCGGCUAUAUACGACGAGUGCUGGGCCCAUCCGUCGUCCUUUCCGAUUCCACAGUCAUGGGUGGAAGGGUCUAUUCCUGA